UUUAAUCCUAUAACAAAGAAAAAUUAAAUGAUUAUUCAUUUUUAUAAUCAUUUCACGUACCGCAACUUAAAAUAAGCAUGAAUUAGUACCAUUGAUUGUGUGGUUUAGUGAAAAUCAAGUUCGAAAUUUGAAUACAAGAAAAGUAAUGGUUUUGACUAUAACGGGUAAUUAAUUAUGUAUUAUUAAUACAAAUACAUUACAUAUUUACACCGGGCAACAAGUAAGUUUGGUAUGAAAUUGUGUGAUUUUCAAUUAGUAUGAUUUAAUGGACAUUAAGAGGGCCACCCACAAUUAAAUAGAUUCUCAGCUAUUGACAUCUGGGCGGACAUAAUCUUAUUUGUUCAAACCCUGAAUACGGUUGAGCCAAUUGGUCAAUACACCUUAUGGGAAUCAAGGACGUUCGAUUUUAGCAACACUUCUAAUAUGGAAGGGUCACUGAUAAUAGAAAAUGCUCAAAUUUCAGUUGAAAUGGAAUACAACCUAUCGGACUUUUCUAGCGUAACAGAAGAUGAUGACGGAAACUUUAAAGCUUGCAUCAGCAACGUGAAUUUUCCAAAGUUUAAUUUUUCAUUCGACUAUAUAGCUGAUUUUGGAAUUAACAACAAAUUUCCAAUUUACGGCAAUGGCUCUUAUCAAGGGAGACUAAUCGAUAUUGCUACUACAUUUUGUUGGCUUCUAGCGUCAUCGGCAGAUGAAAUUUUAGAUUUUAAUAUUGAUGUGAUAUUUUGGCACCACCAGGCUUCUCUUACGGGAUUCUACAGGAAUCCAGAAUUAAGUUCUUUGCUGGGAGACUCCAUAACAGAUGGAAAAAAGUUAUUUGCUAUGUGGAAUAACUACGACACCAAAUGUAGCAGCCAAUGUAUUCUGAACCCAGUAUUUCAUUUUUUCAUAAAUUACUUGAUGUAUGGUAUUGAAGAUCGUUUCGAACUGAACUGGGCGGAUUGCACUUGUCUAAUUGAUUUCGUUAAAUCGAGCCUUCCCGAUAAAUCAUCGCCUAGGAAGUACGGACA